AAAGAGACUGCGCGCACAGUCAGUAAGAGGUGGGCGGAGGGAGCGGGAGGUUUGGGUGCUUGAGUUUCACCGGCCCGGAGGGGGAACUGCGCGCUUGAGGUGUCCAGGGACUGAGGUGCGACUCCCCCGGGCCGACAGCAUUUCAGAUCUGCUUGGUAAACCUGGUACACCACCAUGCUGGCCGCAAGACUUGUGUGUCUCCGAGCACUACCUUCCAGGGUUUUCCACCCAACUUUCACCAAGGCCUCCCCUGUUGUGAAGAAUUCCAUCACGAAGAAUCAAUGGCUUUUAACACCCAGCAGGGAAUAUGCCACCAGGACAAGAAUUGGGUUUCGACGUGGAAAAACAACCCAAGAACUCAAGGAGGCAGCUUUGGAACCAUCGGUGGAAAAAAUAUUUAAAAUUGAUCAGAUGGGGAGAUGGUUUAUAGCUGGAGGGGCCGCAGUUGGUCUUGGAGCUUUGUGCUACUAUGGAUUGGGAAUGUCUAAUGAGAUCGGAGCUAUUGAAAAAGCUGUAAUCUGGCCUCAGUAUGUGAAGGAUAGAAUUCACUCCACUUACAUGUACUUAGCAGGGAGUAUUGGCUUAACAGCCUUGUCUGCCGUGGCAGUGAGCAGAACUCCUGCUCUCAUGAACUUCAUGAUGAGAGGCUCUUGGAUAACCAUUGGUGCAACCUUUGCAGCCAUGAUUGGAGCUGGAAUGCUGGUACAGUCAAUAUCAUAUGAGCAGAGCCCAGGCCCAAAGCACCUUGCUUGGUUACUCCAUUCUGGUGUGAUGGGUGCUGUGGUGGCUCCGCUGACGAUACUAGGGGGGCCUCUUCUCGUCAGAGCUGCAUGGUACACGGCUGGCAUUGUGGGAGGCCUCUCCACCGUGGCCAUGUGUGCACCCAGUGAGAAGUUUCUGAACAUGGGGGCGCCCCUGGGCGUGGGCCUCGGUGUCGUCUUUGUGUCCUCACUAGGGUCGAUGUUUCUUCCACCCACCACUGUGGCUGGUGCCACUCUGUACUCAGUGGCAGUUUAUGGUGGAUUAGCUCUUUUCAGCAUGUUUCUUCUGUAUGAUACACAGAAAGUAAUCAAGCGUGCAGAAGUAGUACCAAUGUAUGGAGUUCAGAAAUAUGAUCCCAUCAAUUCGAUGCUGGGAAUCUACAUGGAUACAUUAAACAUAUUUAUGCGUGUUGCCACUAUUCUAGCAACUGGAGGCAACAGGAAGAAAUGAAGUGACUCAGCUUCUGACUUCCUUAAUACGUCAGAUAUCUGGCUUGUUUAAUAGGGGCAGAUACUCAUUAAAUAGUUUGUACAAGCAGCUUUCGUUGAAGUUUAGAAGACAAGAACUUGUCAUCGUGUUUCAAACGUUCCAGUAAUGUGAUGCUUCAGGUCUGCUUUUCUCCUGGAGAAUAAAUUCAGUAGUUCUCUUCCAGAUAGCAUAUGCAUUUUCAAUUCUCGUCUCUGAGUAAUUCUAAAAUGUUCUGAUUGUGAAAACCAAAGUUUGUUUCACAGGAAUUUGAGUGUUUUAUCUAUUUUAAAAUUUAUUUGGUUUAGUGAAAGUUCACAAACUUGUGUACCUGUAGUUUUCUUUUUGGAAUGUGGAUUAUUAACAAGUAAUGUCAUAAGUGAUGAAAGGAUUAGGUAAAGGGACCAGAGAGAAGUAAAGGGUCACCUGCAGUUUUUCUUUUGAAUACUCAGCACUUAGGUAAUGGUGGUGGGCAAGUAAGGGAGUCUGGACAUUUGGAAACAAGUCAUGACUGUAUCUCUGCUGAACCUACCAGACACAUUGAGCAGAUAACAAAGACAGAUGAUUCUCCAGGCUCUCCUUAUAAUACAGAUGGGAUCAUGUUUGACUUCCUAUUGUCUCACACUGUUAGGAGAGUUCAGAAUGCUAACCACAUGGAGAAUUCCUAUUAUAACAUGUAUGUUGUAAGUCUUUUGAAUCACCUGGAACAAAAUAUCCUUAAAACACUCAGGAGAAAAAUACUCAAAGCAUCAGUGUUACUGCAUUUUAAGUAUACAAACUAUGUGCAUAAUUGCUGGAAAUUUUUGCAAAUCUAUUGAGAUACUUAAAGGAAUGCAUGCUUGCCAUUCUCAUCUAUUCAAGCUUUAAAACUUUAUCAGAAAAACCUGUCUGUGAUUUAUACUUGAGAUUAUGAAAGUUUUUCUCUUUGAUUUGAUUUCUUGCAUUCAAAAAGGAAGGCAAAGUGAGGCUUUUUUCAUGAACUAUAUCAAUCAAAAAUGUAAUGGAGAAAAGACUUCAUUAGAGUUUCCCCCGCCAGAAUUUUCCUUCUCCAUAGACCGUUAUUUUGUGCCGUUUGUAAGUUUUUUGAUACAGAAGAGUUAUUUUUGGAAGUUAUUAGGAAUGAAAUAAGUGUAUGAUUAUUGAGAUGGUGUAUCAACAAAUAUUUAUUACAGUAAUCCAGAAAAAAACUGUUCUUACCACCUCACUUCAGGAUGUUUAUUUCCGAAAUAAUAAAGGUUCUAGUCAGAUGGUGA